UUAACACGUAUUAACACGUUAGCUCAAAAGCUGUCAUUUUCUCGAUCGUAUCUAGGCAUAGUAAACUGUAAACACAAGUAGUACCGUAUCAGCCGUUGAUCGGCGAAGGUUAUAAAUAGUUUGAACACUGCCGUUAUACAGCUGCGAAAGGUGUUUCUGACCGUGGCGAAAGAAAGAGACAGAAGUUCCUUGAUACAAGCACGUGUUAACCUAACAAUCGAUAUUUAAUCGAAUUAGUCAUUGGAUUAAUGAAGUAGCGCGAAAAUGGCCAUGGAACACAAAGAUGAUCACGGAACUUUGAAAAGCCCGAAGAAUCUGAAAACCGGAAUUAUCGACUUCACCGCGGGUUCUCUCGGUGGAAUAACUCUGGUCUAUGUUGGACAGCCGCUAGAUACAGUGAAAGUAAAGAUGCAAACAUUCCCCCAAUUGUACAAGGGGAUGGUAGACUGCUUUAUGAAGACUUUGAAACAAGACGGUAUAGUCAGAGGUUUAUACGCAGGGACUAUUCCUGCACUCGCAGCAAAUGUUGCUGAAAAUUCUGUAUUAUUCGCAGCUUAUGGACUGUGCCAAAAUGCAAUGGCUAAUUUAACAGGUGUUCAGAAAGUAGAAGAUUUGAGUUUACUGGGGAAUGCCUGGGCUGGUUUUUUUGCAGCAUUUUUUUCAUCCUUAUCACUUUGUCCCACGGAACUGAUUAAAUGCCAAUUGCAGGCUAUGAGAGAAGUUGGCACACAAAAAGCAGCUCCAGGUGAACGUGUUAAUUUUAUUGGACCCUGGCAAUUGACAAAACAAAUUGUACGUGCAGAGGGUCCUCAGGGCUUAUUUAGGGGCCUUUUAUCUACCAUUGGUAGAGAAAUGCCUGGAUAUUUUUGCUUUUUUGGUGGUUAUGAAACGACGCGACAAUUGCUUGCAAAACCAGGACAAAAUAAAGAGGAUAUUGGCUGGAUUAAUACAAUGAUAGCUGGAGCUGCCGGUGGUGUAAUAUUUUGGCUUGUCAUAUUCCCAGCUGAUGUAAUUAAAAGCAGAAUACAGGUCCAGAAUCUGAGAAAACCGGUGUAUAUUAUUCUCAAAGAUGUUGUUCGAACCGAAGGUAUCGGUGCUCUAUACAAUGGCUUAAAACCAACAUUAAUCAGAACAGUACCCGCUACCGCAACACUAUUUGUUACAUACGAAUAUUCGAAAGGAUUGAUGCUCAAGUAUCUCGAUGAUUGAUUCCGGAUUAUUCAAUUAUGAACUGAGUUACAAGUGGAAAAUCUUCAAUUCAUGGUAGUCGAAAGUCGGAUUGAAUAUUAGGAUGAAAAUUCUUUUGGGAGAAUUGGAACAGAAUUAGUCUUUAGUUAGAACAUUUUCAUGCAUUUUCACACGUUUCAACUGAAAAAUGUCAUUUCCUGUAAAUCCCAUGUCUCUAUUCGUGCUGUACAAUAGAUUAUAUAUUGUACAACCGUUAUACAAAGACUUUUAGACACUGUUUGUCACCUUUGCACGCCUAGAACAGGAACAUGACAAUAUUCUUCAACAGAAAAGAUAAUUAUCUUGCGUAUUUUUAUAGGUGUACACAAACACAUCUAAUAACAAAAAUAAUUAUAAUACAUGUAACAUAUUUGUUGUAAAUAAAAUGUGUUGUUCUGU